ACAUUGGCCUGUUUUGCUUUUCUUGAGCAAUUUCACGUGUCGUUUUCAUUCCGAAUUUUGUCUAGUUAUGGUUUAGAACCGUCUUAAAAUGCCGAAAUUUUCGCAUUUGGUAGUGGAUACUUCCGCUUUCAUAAAAAAUGUGCAACUGCAGGAUUGUGCUGACAAUUGCUAUACGGUGCAGGGAGUUUUGGACGAAAUAAAAAACGAUCGUCAGUUCAAACGACUAGUGGUGCUUCCGUACCAAUUAUUGGUGCGGGAACCCGAUUCAGACGUAUUGACACUGGUGACAAAUAUAGCUAAAAAAACGGGAGAUUUCUCCACGCUUUCACUAGUUGAUUUAAAAGUGAUUGCACUGACCUAUCAGCUGGAAAAAGAAUUCGUAGGGGUCGACCACCUUCGGGAGGAUCCUACAGCAGCGGUUACGGUUUACUCAAGCGUGAAGCCAGCAGAACUGGCGGGAUUCGGCAAAGUUCAAGGCUUUUAUAACGGAGAGAAGAACCACUCGCAAGAACAAAUAGAUUCAGAUAAGAAACAAGGCGAUAUCGGGAAAUUGAACCGCAGCAUAGAUGAUUUGGUGCUGGAGCAAAAAUUUGCAGAAUUGAACACGGAUGAGGUGAAAGUUCUUGAAGAUAAUAUUAUCGAGCAUAUUCAAGAGAGUCAAGACAAAUUCGAAGAGGAUUCCGAUCAUGUGGUAGAAGAAAGUGAUGAAGAUAAUGAUGAUAAUGACGACGAAGACGAGGACGAUGAUGAUGAUGAUGAUGAUGGUGGCUGGAUUACGCCUGCCAACAUUAAAGAAGUUAAACGAAGUUUUGGAAUGGAUUUGUUGGAAGAAAAUCCCGCCGUAGUUGCUUGCAUGACGACAGAUUUUUCGAUGCAAAAUGUUCUCAAACAGAUAGGACUGCAUGUGGCCGCUCUAGAUGGGCGCGUUAUCAAACAUGCCAGGACCUACAUACAGCGAUGUUAUGCCUGUUUCAAAACUACGCCCGAUUCCACGAAGGUCUUUUGCCCCAAGUGUGGAAACAAAACUCUGAAAAAAGUCGCCGUUAGUUUGGAUGAGAACGGUCAUCAGGUGAUUCAUAUAAAUUCGCGUCGACCAUUGACCGCCCGAAAUAAGAAUCGACCGGUCGCACAGUUCCGUGGUGGAAAACACUCCACAAAUCCGUUGCUUUUCGAAGAUCAACCUUUGCCACAGCAAAGAAUAUCAGCGAAAGCUCGGGCUAAGACAAAUGCGCUUGGCGAUGAUUACACGGCCGGAUACUCGCCGUUUGUGAUGCGAGAUGUCGAUUCAAGGUCUGCAGUACUCAGAGGAAAAUCGAACCUGAAACAGUGGAUGCAAAACUAUGAGUACGAUAACCAUCGAAGAGGAUACAAAAAGUAGACAUUUUGUAAUAAAGUAUAGAUCCGUAUUAA